UGAUAUUUUGGAGGUGUCUCGGCCGCACUCAAAUUUCUCCUGUCAUUUUCUUUCCAGCGGUAUCAUUGUUGUUUAUAUUUGGCUGUGAUAAAGCACUUUUACAUGAAUUUCCAAUUAUAAAACCUCUAUCAGAAUUCCAUAAUGUCUUCAACGGUGUCAAUUAUAGUUUUGUGUACGUUUUUUAUAACCGCAUUUAGCCACGACGAAGAUGUCCACACAAUCAGGUACUCCACAGAGAACUUUGCUCAAGAACUACCAAAGAAAAACCACUUUGUCAUGUUCUACGCGCCAUGGUGCGGCCAUUGCCAGAGACUAGCCCCCACCUGGGAGCAGCUCGCCGAAAUGCUCAACGAAGAAGACAGCAACAUAAAAAUCGCCAAAGUCGACUGCACAACCGACAGCUCUUUGUGCUCGGAGCAUGACGUAACGGGCUACCCCACACUCAAAUUCUUUAAAGUUGGCUCAGGUGAAGGGAUCAAGUUCAGGGGCACCAGGGAUUUGCCCACCUUGACCACGUUCAUCAACGAGCAGUUGCGAGAGGGGGAGGACGAAGGAGCGGAAAUCAAGCCACCACAGCCGGUGAGCGGAUUGGUUGAGUUGAAUGAGGAGAAUUUCGAGAAGUAUGUAUCCAGUGGGAAGCAUUUCAUCAAGUUUUAUGCCCCGUGGUGUGGACACUGUCAAAAAUUGGCACCGGUGUGGGAGCAACUGGCCAAAUCUCUGGAGUUUGAUUCUUCUAUUUCUGUUGCAAAAGUUGAUUGUACACAGUUUAGGUCAAUUUGUAACCAGUUUGAAGUUAAAGGGUAUCCCACUUUGUUGUGGAUUGAAGAUGGGAAAAAGAUUGACAAGUAUCAAGGAGACCGGUCUCAUGAGGCUUUGAAAUCUUAUGUUAGUAAAAGAAUGGGGUCCCCUGAGGCACCCACUGAAGCUGGUAAAACACAAAAUGAAGAAGCAGGCGUGGGGAUACUUACUGGUGACACUUUUAAACAUGGGGUUGAAAAUGGUGUUACUUUUGUCAAAUUUUUUGCACCUUGGUGUGGCCAUUGCAAGCGUUUGGCACCUACAUGGGAUGAGUUGGGAAAAAAGUUUAUUGGUGAUGGUAACGUCAAUAUAGUGAAGGUAGACUGUACUCUGGAUAUCAAUAAGGAUCUGUGCAAUGAACAGGAAGUUGAGGGCUUCCCAACUAUAUAUCUGUACAAAAACGGGGUUAAAAUAUCCGAGUACAGUGGUAGUAGAACGCUGGAAGAUUUGCAUGAUUUUGUUAAGCAGCACACUGGCCAUGAUGAACUGUAAUUGUUUGUCUGUGUGUAAUUGUGUGUUGAGAGUUGUAAGUUUUGUUUCUUAGCGGUGUAUGUAAUUACAGUUGAAACUAUGGAGUGGAAAAUGUUUUAAUUCCAUUUCACGUGUGUGUUUGUAAGUUUGAAUAGAGCCCUGUGUUGGCUGUUUUAUGUGGUUAUCACCACUGGUUGAACUGUCAGAAUACCAGUGGCGGUACCAUGACACAGUUUGACUUUGUUCCAUUAAAGUUUUUAUCCAGA